AUGACCAUAGGUGUGUAGUAUUUGAGGGACAUAACGGUUAGUGACCAAUACGGGCAGUACCAAUCAAUUUUAUCAUCUAAAUGCAUUUCAGUUGAAGAUCUUUCUCCCAACUUGUUUCUAUAUUACAGGAUUUAGCAAGAGAUUAAUACUUGGCACGAAAUAAUUUUUUCUAUUCCAUUAGCAACCAUGUGGGAAGAUUAAAAGCAAUCGAUCAAGUUUAAAAGCAAAAAUGACAAUACAUAGGGAUUGAUUUGGUCAAAUAAUGAUACAAUGAACUAUCUUACAAGAAGCUUUGAUUACCAAUAAGAUGAAAUAGAGUUUUAAGACUUUCAUCUUAACAAUAUCAAUCAGUUUCGGAUGAUUUAAAAUAUCAAGUUGGUCCAAUAAUAAUAUACUAAACUGUAAAAAAUCGAGAAAGAAUUGAUUGCUAUGUUGGUGAAAAUUGUGUUAUCAUUGUAAAUCCAUUUUUGGUUGAAGGAUGCUAGGAAAUGA